CGGUCAGUGAGACGGAUAGAGAUCGAGGGAAAGUUCUUAGGAAUACUCUUCCGAUCCGGAAUGAUUUCGUGGUAUAUUCCCUUCUCUGCCCUCGUGCUCUUCUGUGCCUCUUCGGAAACGAGCGGAUCUCGUAUUCCGAGACCAUUCCUCGAAAGCGUUCCCUCAAAUCGAAUUCUGCACCGUUCGAGUCGCUCCGAAAACUACACCUGCAGGGAUGGAUACUCUGAUUUGCAUCAAACACCCACAAUGGCGUUUUCGGCGAGUAUCGACGCAAGACGAACUUCCGAGCCAGUCGGGGGUUUUCGACAGCUGCAGUGCUUGAACUGUCGGGAAUUCGGAGCACCAGAAUCGGCGACGUGUACCAACGACAGGUACGGAGAAGCUGAAGUGUCUUACCCCCAAUGGACGUGUAAAGCUGAAUUCCGAAUGAGGAACAUACAGAUAUAUCUCUUCGACAUGGACUGCACGGUCGACCGUGCAUCUUUCUUUCAGAACUGCGUGAAGAAGGACUCAUGUAUCCUCCGGAUCACGGCUGCGCCGGGAUACAUGCUGGGUCAUAUAUUGGCUGUGACGGUUCUCCUCGCCGUACUAGGCAUCCUCAUUUACUUCGGAAUCAGAUAUUUCAUCGACGAUAUCAAGAGACGGAGAUACGAGAAAAACGCUCAGCCAGGCUGCGCCUCCCUCUUCCGGAAGUCUUUCUCCAAAGUUGAAGCCGACCUUGACCCAUCCAAUCGCACGGCUUCCGUCGGCGACCGCGAAGCUUCCAGCCCAGUAGAUGGUGUACUCCCGUUCAGAGAUGAUCCCGUUGACUCGACCGACUCGAGAAAAAGUGCUGGCGAGAUAUCACGCAGCGAACUGGAAAACCCAAGAUCUAUCCCUCUCUCCCCAGGUGUGCGGUUCUCAAUCAGAGGUGCUCAACACGGGAAAUCCAGAGAAUAACCCAGAGAUCUUUAACCCAACGGUGAGGUCGGUGGACUUUUCCCGAGGAUCGUUUAUGUAUGUGACCGCGGAGGAUCAUCACGUGCGAACACCUCGAUCCUCUUGUUCUCCUUCUGGGCGAGACA